CGUGGCGGAGGUGUUUGUAGUCUGAGGACUGAACACUGGCAUCCGGCUCCCCAGACCCGAAAAAAAACAAAAAACAUUUGAAUACGCUUAUGAAUUUUAUUAGAAACGCGGUGUUGGCGUUGUGUCGACCUUUUUUUUUUUUUUUUUUUUAACCUCCCCCUUCCACUGUGGAAAGUGUCUGCUUCCUCGUUUUCGCCAGCGAGCUGAAAACAUCUCCACAUCCUCACAAAGAAACUUUGCUUGCUAGGCAGCUAACUCGCCACAAACACGACAAGAAAAGUGGCGAAAAACUCAUGACGAGCUGCGAAUAACCGCCCGGCGUCGGAGGGAACUCUCGGCCACCCGUGGGGAUGUCUACUCGGUGACUCGGGCGUCAAUUUUUGCCUAGUUUAACCGGCGAACGGUCGAGGGGGGGGGGGGGGUAGCAAGCCGUAGUGCUUCACCAGAGAGCAAAAACCCCCCACCCGCCCCGCUCCAUCACCUUCGUCCACAUCCGUCGCUGGUCCGCCAACGGCUGCGGCGAGCAUGUCAGGCCGGAGUGGAGCCACCCUGGGCCCGCAGCCCCUCAGGGCGACGGUCCCCUAUCAGCUGGCCAGCAAGCACCGAGCCAAAGGCAGGAGUGGAAAGUCAGCUGGAAAGGCCAAGCCGCAGCAGCUGUGCCCCGGGAUGAGGCGGACGAUGUCCCUGGACGCCAUCGUCGGCCCGUACCUGCAGGGCCACUGGCCCAAAGAACCCGAGGGCGGCGUGUGCCGAAAGGACAAGUCCACUCAGACCCCGAACUGGUCCGACAAAACGCAGAGCAGGAGGGACGACACCGACGACAGCGGCGUCAUCAGCCACAAGCGCUCGGCAUCAUGGGGUAGCGCCGAGCAACUCCAGGAAAUCACCAAACUAAAACAACAGCUGCAGCAGCGCGGCAAACCCGGCGUCUCAGGGGGGCACGACCGAGACUGCCAGCGUGGCUUCACUCUCGGGAGCUGUAACCUAGGAACCACUCAGACUCAGCCCAUUCCCAUCCCGCUGGCCCCGCUGUCGACGCUGGUGCCUCGGCUGCGAUGCAGCGUUGAGGGCCUCAACCAAGAGCUGGAGGGCAUGUUCAUCUGUCAGCCAGGACAUCGUCACCAUCAGCUUCUGGAGGUUCCAGACGGCCACCGGGCUCCCGUCCCGCCGCUGAGCUGCAGCAGCGGCUCGCAAAGUGACCCGGCCUCCGCGACGCCUCCCUCACCAUCUUCCGCGUCGUCCUCGCCGUGCGCCUCUCCCACCUCCGCCACCCCGCCCACGUCCGAAGACGCCCCCCUGGAUGUACACAAAGGGUCGGACCUCCCGUCCCCCGCGUCGUCCCUGAGCGAGGCAGACCUCUCGCUUCCUCUGCUGAUCUCUUCCUCGCCCGGACCCAACAAGAGCUGCUGCUUCCAGAGAGAACCCCCAGAGGGCUGCGAAAAAGUCCGGGUCUGGGAGGAGACAAGCACUUCCACCCAGCAAAAGCCAGUGCCCAUCUCCUCGUGCCCAGACCCCAACAAGGUAAACUUUACCCCCCAUGGGGGCUCGGCCUUCUGCCCCAUCAGCCUCCCUACCGCCCUGCUGCCCUCCGUGGACCUGCUGCUCCGCAGCUUGUCCGUCACGAGCCAGGGAGUCGCCCGCGGCCCCCUCGACCCUCCCGGCGCCCCCCCGGGCGAAGGCCGCGUGCGCACCGACGCCGUCUAAUCAAAGCUCGCACGUUUCCUGAUAGUGGUUGCUGUUGCUUUAUAAUAGGAAAGCGUCCUUUUCUAGACAGGUAUAAAAUGUUUAUCAGUUAUAUUAAAAAAAAAAAGAAGAAUUAAAAAAAAAUCAUACUAUUGAGAGUAAUCAAUCCAAAGAGGAGCUAUUUGUUUAGUCUUUGUUUUUCCCCCCCUCCCUCCCUUUUUUUUUUUUUUUUUUUUUUUUUUUACAGUGUGUAAUCCAAAGAUUUACUUUUGGCUAAACACGUGUGAGACGGUCUUUAAGAAAAGGACUUUUUGACUGACACACACUCUCGAAAAUAAGCAUUUUUUUGUUUGUUUUGUUUAUCAAUCAACGAAAGGUUAUUUUUCUGGGUCUCGCCAUCCCGUUUGGCCCAGGAUGGCUGGUGCGCAAAGCAUGACAAAUCAGUUGGAUUCUUUUCAUUUCACACGUUCGACGAUUGCUGGCCGGAGGGAAACUUUGGGUGGCGCCGGCGUACACAUUCCAACUUUCAACAGUUUGUGUAUCUUGGGGAGAACAAUAAAAAAAAUUAAAAAAAAUGUUACCAUACCAUCAAAACGAAUCUUAAUGGUAUGUUUAAAAAAUGUAUUUGACUACCUAAAAAAUUUGUUGUGUAGAACCGUCAAUAUCCUCUUUUUUUUUUUUUUUUUGUGUAUAGUUUUUUUUUUUUUCCCUGGUAGACACAUUUGCACAAUAUGAAUACUUUUGCAAAUCAUUAUUUUUUUACAUUCACUUUUGUAAAGCUGUUUCUACACCCCUCACCCCCCCCCUUUUUUUUUUCCAAAUAACCUGCAAAAUAAGCUAAAAGGACAAAAAAAAAAAAGCCUGUUACUUUCAGUUUUUAUGUUUGUAUAAUCCAGGCGGGUGUUAUGUGAAAUUUUGUACCGGGUAGAUUUUCGACGCACUUCCAGGAAACGAGAUCUUGAUAGAGGGGACGCUCCUCGCUUCCGUACGUUAGUCUGGUUUUGUGUACGUGCACAUGGAACAGUAGCCAGACCUUUCCUAGUUUUAGUAUCCUGGUAAAAUGUGUAUCAGAUGAAAUUUUGUUUUCUGCCCCCUCGCCCCCCCCAGAACCGAGGCUAAAUCUCAGUGUGGCGUGUAUGUGGAUGCUGGGGGAGGUUCCGUCGUCUCAGGUACUGUGUUCUGUCCACAUGAAUUCCACCGUUUCAAUGUGUGCGGCCUUUUUUUUUUGUGAUGGAUUAAAAGUGGAAAUGCUCAAAAUGA